GAUUACCACUUUGAAUAUACGGAAUGUGAUAGCAGUGGCUCCAGGUGGAGAGUUGCCAUUCCGAAUUCUGCAGUGGACUGCUCUGGCCUGCCUGACCCAGUGAGAGGCAAAGAAUGCACUUUCUCCUGUGCUUCUGGAGAGUAUCUAGAGAUGAAGAACCAGGUAUGCAGUAAGUGUGGUGAAGGCACCUACUCCUUGGGCAGUGGCAUCAAAUUUGAUGAAUGGGAUGAAUUGCCAGCAGGAUUUUCCAACGUUGCAACUUUCAUGGACACUGUACUUGGCCCUUCUGACACCAGGCCUGAUGGCUGUAACAACUCUUCUUGGGUCCCUCGUGGAAAUUACAUAGAGUCAAAUCGUGAUGACUGCACCGUGUCUUUGAUCUAUGCUGUGCACCUUAAGAAGUCGGGUAAUGUCUUCUUUGAGUACCAGUACGUCGACAACAACAUCUUCUUUGAGUUCUUUAUUCAGAACGAUCAGUGCCAGGAGAUGGACACCACGGCGGACAAGUGGGUCAAGCUCACGGACAGUGGGGAGUGGGGCUCGCAUUCUGUAAUGCUCAAGUCUGGCCCAAACAUACUGUACUGGAGAACUACAGGCAUCCUUAUGGGUUCUAAGGCAGUCAAGCCCGUGUUGGUAAAAAAUAUCACAAUUGAAGGAGUGGCAUACACAUCAGAAUGCUUUCCAUGCAAGCCGGGCACCUUCAGCAAUAAACCAGGUUCGUUCAACUGCCAAGUGUGUCCCAGAAACACCUAUUCUGAGAAAGGAGCCAAAGAAUGCAUAAGGUGUGCAGAGGACUCCCAGUUUUCAGAAGAAGGAUCUGGCGAGUGUAUGGAGCGCCCUCCCUGUACCACAAAAGACUAUUUUCAGAUCCACACUCCAUGUGAUGAAGAUGGAAAGACACAGAUAAUGUACAAGUGGAUAGAGCCCAAAAUCUGCCGGGAAGAUCUCACAGAUGCUAUUAGGUUGCCCCCUUCUGGAGAGAAGAAGGAUUGUCCACCUUGCAACCCUGGAUUUUAUAACAAUGGAUCAUCUUCUUGCCAUCCCUGCCCUCCUGGGAUGUUUUCAGAUGGAACAAAAGAAUGUAGACCGUGUCCAGCGGGAACAGAGCCUGCCCUUGGCUUUGAAUACAAAUGGUGGAACGUCCUUCCCGGCAACAUGAAAACCUCCUGUUUUAAUGUUGGGAAUUCAAAGUGUGAUGGGAUGAAUGGUUGGGAGGUGGCUGGAGAUCAUAUCCAGAGUGGGGCUGGAGGUUCUGAUAAUGAUUACCUGAUCUUAAACUUGCAUAUCCCAGGAUUUAAACCACCAACAUCUAUGACUGGAGCCAUGGGUUCUGAAUUGGGAAGAAUAACAUUUGUCUUUGAGACCCUCUGUUCUGCUGACUGUGUUCUGUACUUCAUGGUGGAUAUUAAUAGAAAAAGUACCAACGUGGUGGAAUCAUGGGGUGGAACCAAAGAAAAACAAGCUUACACCCACAUCAUCUUCAAGAAUGCAACGUUUACAUUUACAUGGGCAUUCCAGAGAACUAACCAGGGGCAAGAUAAUAGACGGUUCAUCAAUGACAUGGUGAAGAUUUAUUCUAUCACUGCCACUAAUGCAGUUGAUGGGGUGGCAUCCUCAUGCCGUGCCUGUGCCCUCGGUUCUGAACAGUCGGGCUCAUCGUGUGUCCCCUGCCCCCCAGGCGACUACAUUGAGAAAGAAACCAACCAGUGCAAGGAGUGUCCACCUGACACCUACCUGUCCAUACAUCAGGUCUAUGGCAAGGAGGCUUGUAUUCCGUGCGGGCCUGGGAGUAGAAGCACUCGGGACCACUCCGCUUGCUAUAGUGACUGCUUUUUCUACCACGAGAAAGAAAAUCAGAGUUUGCACUAUGACUUCAGCAACCUCAGCAACGUGGGCUCGUUAAUGAAUGGCCCCAGCUUUACCUCCAAAGGAACAAAGUACUUCCAUUUCUUCAAUAUUAGUUUGUGUGGGCAUGAGGGGGAGAAGAUGGCCCUCUGUACCAACAAUAUAACAGACUUUACAGUAAAGGACAUGGUGGCAGGCUCAGAUGAUUACACGAAUCUGGUAGGAGCAUUUGUAUGCCAAUCAACUAUUAUUCCUUCUGAAAGUAAGGGUUUCCGAGCAGCUUUAUCAUCACAAUCCAUCAUUCUGGCAGACACAUUUUUAGGAGUGACAAUUGAAACCACACUGCAAAAUAUUAAUAUAAAAGAAGAUAUGUUCCCAGUUCCACCGAGCCAAAUACCAGAUGUGCAUUUCUUUUACAAGUCUUCUGCAACUACAACAUCUUGUGUUAAUGGCCGGUCAACUGCGGUGAAAAUGAGAUGUAAUCCUACUAAACUGGGAGCUGGAGUGAUUUCAGUCCCCAGCAAGUGUCCAGCAGGCACCUGUGAUGGAUGUACAUUUUACUUCUUGUGGGAGAGUGCCGAAGCUUGCCCUCUGUGCACAGAGCAUGACUUUCAUGAGAUUGAGGGCGCCUGUAAGAGAGGAUUUCAGGAAACUUUAUAUGUAUGGAAUGAACCAAAAUGGUGCAUUAAAGGAAUUUCUUUGCCUGAGAAAAAAUUGUCAACCUGUGAAACAGUUGACUUUUGGCUAAAAGUGGGAGCAGGUGUGGGAGCUUUCACAGCUGUUUUGCUGGUGGCUCUAACUUGCUAUUUUUGGAAAAAGAAUCAGAAAUUGGAGUACAAAUAUUCCAAGUUAGUAAUGUCAACUAACUCGAAAGAGUGUGAACUCCCAGCUGCAGACAGUUGUGCUAUCAUGGAAGGAGAAGAUAAUGAAGAGGAAGUUGUAUAUUCUAAUAAGCAGUCACUACUGGGAAAACUCAAAUCCUUGGCCACAAAGGAAAAAGAAGACCAUUUUGAAUCUGUUCAACUGAAAUCCUCAAGAUCUCCAAAUAUAUGAAAAGACUGUGCUGCAGCUUUCAGACUGAUGAAUAAAGAAACCUGCUCUCUAGUUUUACAGGACCAUAGUCUAGAGCCCACCCUCGUACCUGGCACUUUGGUGAUGUUACAGAGAAGGCCAUGCUGCUGAAAAGGGAAGGAGGUUGAAAUGUUUGAUUGCCUUAUCACAUGGUCAAGUAUCUUGCCAAAAAUAGGAAAGCAAAUGGUUUGGGUCUCAACUGAAGAGGAAGCUCAACUCAGGAAGAGAUUUAUCUGUAUAUACACAUAACUGAAAGAUUCCAGUUAUAUACACCUAACUGAAAACCAAGGUUAAGCCCACCAGUGCACUGUUGAUGCAUGCCAUAUAAUUAAUGGGUAACUUUUAUUAUUUAUAACUUCUACAUGAAAAGUGUGCUAUGAAGGGCAGAAGGUAGCAUAUGCAUUGUGAUCCCAUUUUUGUCAUUUCUUUGUUUAUGUUUUAGGGAAGAUUUGAAAACUUUUUAAAGGUAUAGUUGUUUUUUCCCCAAUAUUUAUUUUCCUGACAAGACCUUGAAACAUC